AUUUUUAAUUUCUAUGCAAAUUAGCUAUUCCUGCAAUCUGAACUCAGAACUCCGAUGGUUAGAUCUAAAAGAUCAGAACAUCAAGAAACCAAGUGGGUUGAAAAUCCAUCACACUUGACUUUGUGGAAAAUAAUGAGGAGAAACACAGAAGAAAAGCCUCGACUCCGGAUGGAAACAGUUUUUCGUUGUAAGCAGGAUUUCGUUCCCGUAAAUACCGAAUUACUUAUCAGCCACGUAGCAACGGGGAAUCAUCUGGCUCUAGAAAAGGAUCACCAUUUUCAGACAGCCAUGGGUUUCGAAUGGGAGAUAUCAUGCAAUAAUUAUGUCACUUCUCCAUUAGUCGAAGGUUUAGAGAAUAUUUGGAAGAUCUGCACCCCGUAUCCAGAAGACUUGAUCAAAGGGUUGAAUUCUCGAUGCAUUCCUUUCCCAGGAAUGUAA